AUGUAUGCCGCAGUGACCAGGAACACCGCAUAUAAAGUUUUGGACUCUCGGUGGGUUGUUAGAUGGUUCAGACUGCUCAAAGAUGUUGUGAGUGACUUCAAUGACGUCGUGAUAGUCUUUGUUGUAUUCAGAGACCAAAGAGUCUCCAACGCAUUUUUUUUAGAUGGAUUUGCGCAUAUCUUGGAAGAACAAUGGCAAGUUGAUGUGCUGCUCAAGGCAGGUGACAGCGAUCCAGAUGCAGCAAUCUCCGCCCACAAACUUGUUCUGGCCGCAAGAUCAAAGGUCUUUAAGAAGAUGCUUGAGGAGGAUGAGUGCAAGACUUCGUCUGGAAAAGAGAUAAUCACUCUCUCGGAGAUGAAACAUGAAGAGGUAAAGGCUUUAGUAGAGUUCAUAUACAAUAGUGGCUUAACGCCUUGUGCAGAGCAUGCUCGAUCACUCUAUCUAGCAGCGGACAAAUAUGAGAUCCCACAUCUACGAAACCUAUGCAGAACUAACUUAUAUCUUCUCUGAAUGAGUCUAAUGCUCUUGACGUUUAUGAGCUUGCCCAAAUCCCUUUCGAUGACGAACUGAACAAUGCUGCCUUAAGCUGUAUCCAAAUGAAUAUAACUACUAUUGCUUACUCUGAUGAGCUCAAGCUGUUCGCAAAGAGCAACCCAAAUCUUACAGUGGAGAUAGUGAAGGCUUGUGUUGAACGGAGUAGAAACAACCAAUAUUGGGUAGAGUAUAAAAACAACCAAUAUUGGCAUAAGUUGAGGCUGGUUUAAGAACCAUAAUGUAGCCUUUCGUUAUCUAUCUAUACUAUUAUUUAUAAAGUGAUUUUACUUAUUUGUUAUGUUCUCCAUGAUUUUACGUAAUUUUGCUUACUUGUCAUAUUUUUAUUAGAUUUUAGCUAAAUCAUUGAUUUAUUAUUUGUUACUCCCUCUGUUUUUUUAUUGUAACUAGUUUUAAAUGAAUGCACAAAUAUUAAGAAAGUUGUUAAUUUUUUCAAAAGUAGCAUUUGAUAUAUAAAUUAGGUGUAGUUAAACCAAUCAUAAAUAAGUAUCUAUUAUUUGAUUGGUAACACUAUAACCAAUAAAAGUAAAAGUUACUUAAAAUUAUGAAAGCUAUUUAUAUUUUGAAACAAACAAAUUUUGCUUAAACUACUUA